AUGCAAAUAAAUACAAGGGGAUGUCUGAGAAUUCGUUCAUUCAUUUUCAUUUUGGUUAUUUCUAUCUGUGUUUUAUCUUUGGAUGCAGCGAAAAAGGUGAUUGAAGAUUAUAAUGAUGAUACAAACCAAAAGGACGAGAGUUUAGGUCUUAGUGGGAGCCAACAAACUGAAAGUAGCCAAGAUGAAUCCUUUGCACUUUUUGAAACAUAUACGAAAUCCUUGAAGUUUGUGCUAGAGGGGAUGUUUGGUCCAGAGUAUGCUCAGACAAUAUCAAAUACAAAGAAUUCUGAAGGUUUGCCUUUGUGUAGAGAAAAUGAACAAAUGGUUAAUAAAGGAUGUAAUGUAAUGAUUUACUCUUGCUCAAAGCAUACAAAUGGGAAGUUUUCGUGCUACUUUUACUAUUGGAGUUUUUGCCAAUGCUCCAGACCUUGGAAGCUCAAAUUCUUAAACUACAUUAUACCUCCUUUAUAUGAUUGUUAUCCAUCUGUGGCAUCAGAAGAAGACUUUAAUCUAGCUUUGGCCUUUCAAAACGAAGAUAGGAUUUUUUCUGAAAAAGUAUUUUCAAAACUUUCAGAGGACUUAGAGAUCCCAGUUGGUAAAUGCAGUACCAACGUCAUAUUUAUCAUUUGGAUACUUCUUGUAGCGUCGUUUUUCACCUGGAUUAUUUAUCGAAUAUACAAAUUUGGUUGUUAUAUUAAGAACCAAAUUGCAUUGUCAAACAGGAAAAGGAGGUAA